AUGACGAUGGCUCUGCCUUCCAUGCUGGGAGGUGCUGCCCUCUCACGAACUACAUCGGCUCUCUUGAAUCUCGAUGAUCCAGAGCAGACCAUUUCUCAGCUCAAAGCCAUCCGCAACUCGGUUAUCGGCUCCAGAACCAAAAAGUCGAAUCUUGUUCAUACCGGUGUCAUCGAACAGCUCGUCCAGCUUUUACAGAUCGAUCUCGACUCGACAGUCUACGCCUCUGAUCUAGUCAGCCUUUCUGCUACCAUCGUUGCUUCACUCGCCAAUACCCCAGCGCAGUCCACUUUGCUUCAGCUGAUGCGCUCCGGCACCCAUGAUGCUCUCCUCUGCUGCCUGCGCAAUCUGAGCCAAGAGCUGAUCCGAACGAAGCGACACGUCCUCGAUCAACGACCGGAUUCCUUCGACGCGCUCAGGCUGCUAGAGUCGGUGCUGAGAGGAUUGCGAUCCAUUCUUCUGUCUGUCGCAGACCAACUUUCAGCAAGCCCUCGAUGGGGCAUUGGUUCCAGUUGGGGCACAAAAGCAGCCAGCUCCGGAAUCUCCAUCGCUCGUCUUGGUUCGAAUGCUGCUGCUUCCAAGAUAUUCGGCAAGAGCAGCCGCGACUCUUUCUCAGGUCGAACAUUACCCAUCCAGGACAUCCUCAUGAGCAGCGCCAGCCACGACAAUCUGCGAGCCAAGGUCAAGCAGGAGGAGCUCGAGUCCGAGGUGCAGCAGCAGAGAGAACUUCGACGUCUGUCAAGAGUCUUCCUCGCUCAGGUGUACGAUCCAUCGAGUCUGCCGCUCCUGCUUGGGCCUCUGUUCAUGUGCUCAAUACCCCAACAGCAAGGUUCCACGGCACGCUCGACCUCUGCUCAUCCGUCCAAGACAUCUGCUACAGCUCGAAAGCCUGAAGCAGCGACGCACGGCCGGCCUUCAAGUCAAACGUCUGCCGCAGCAGCCUCAUCAACACAGGCAGCUAUCGAUGUCGAGGCGCUACCAAUGACUGUCAAGACCAAGAUCCUCAGCGUGAUCGAGAUGAUCUGCGCCAUUCUGUCCAGUACCAUGUUCAUUCCCGGAUACAGCACAAAUCCAGACACUGGAAUCUCUGAAUCACUAUCAGAGCAGAUUUCCGAACGACGUCAACGGAUCUUGGCUUUCAAUGUCGCUGAUAGUCCUUUCGCACCCGGAUUGGUUGGUGAGUUGGCAUCACGAGGUCGCAGCGAGGCAGUAUCACGCCGCCGCGCAUCUUCGCAGGUGCAAGCUGAAAUUAUUCGCAAAGGCUCACGUUCACGUUCGCGCAUGAAGGACGCCGACAAUGCUGGAAUCUUCGACGCAUCUCCUCUUCCGCCAUGGGACGAAGACGGCAGCGAGAAUCUGCGUGAAGAAUACGAUCUCACCGUCUCUGACCCGGCCUCUAUCCUCAGCGUGCUGGUCGCAACUGCAGAAUGCGGAUUUGCCAAAACUCAAGAAGCAGCGCUGUAUUGCCUUGCAGAGAUCACGCGAGAUCAGCCAGAGGCGUCAUUACGGCUGUUCCGAUGUACGUCUGCGUCCGGUGUGAUUCCAACUUCGGUACUGCUCAAUCUCCGACAAACGAGUAGCGCCAACGUUAGACUUGCUGCAUUCUGCUGCCUUGCCAACAUCAUCAAAGUCUACCCUUUCACCGCAAAGACCAACCAGUGCGUACUCGAAGUGCUCAUGGAGCUGCUCGAUCAUAUCCCCUCCGGACUCAUACAACAUAGCGCAGCCGCUCCCGCAUCCCAGCUUCAGACGACUAGUCAGGUCGAGAUACAGAUUCAAGCGGCGUUCGCCAUUGCACGGCUUGUCGCUGACAACGUCACAUUGCAGAACCUGGCGACUGAAAGCUACAAUGCUUUGUCGAAGCUAGCGCAGCUUCUGGAUCGAGCAUGCAUGCGAUGCACCCAGCCUCCGGGUGGUGCGAAGACAGACCGAGCCAGUGCUGCAACAACUUUCUUGGCCAACAUCGCAGUCAAGACGCCGCGAACAGAUGCCACGGUGGGUCUCGUGCCGCCAACGGUGGACGAGUCGGCUAUCAGGCUGAGAGAAGCGUGUCUGACAGCGCUCGCAGCUUUGACGUUCCAGCAUGACGAGCCUAGACGGAAGCUGAUCGAUUCGGUACAGCCGGCUGUGCUGCCUAUGGUUGUGUCGAGUAUCGGCUUCCCAGCUUUGGGAGUCAGGGUCGCCGCCUGUCGUCUCACGCGAGCGCUUUCGCGGAGUCUGUCGAUUCUGAGGACAUCAAUCGUCGAUGUAGGUGUGGCACCGAAGCUUGUGGCGCUGUUGCAAGAUCCAGAUGAAGAAGAGGUGGUCAAAGUCGAGGCCACUGCUGCGAUCUGCAAUCUAGUCCUGGACUUCAGCCCAAUGAAGAAGCUCAUCCAGGAGCUUGGCGGUGUCGACAGUCUCGUUCAGCUUGCCCACAAUGGCGGCGCUGCGCCGCCAACCUCACGCAGUACUGAAGAAGAACGAUACUACAUGCUGUCAACGACCGCAACUAUGCCUAGCAACAGCAGCGCCAGCAUCGGUACCUCAGGCAAUCUCAAGGAUCGGUCCAGCCGUCCUUCACGCAUCAGCCUCUCUGGCUCACAACAGCUUCGUCUACAUGCUCUGUGGGCUCUCAAGAAUCUCCUCUCACACUCCGACACAGCACUCAAAAGUGACGUCAUGUCCAAGCUCAACUUCUCCUUCAUCACCACCCUUUUGGACUCGCCAACCUACGACAUGGUGUUCAAGGAACAAGCGCUCAACAUCCUUCGCAACGCUGCAGCCUCCAAAGAGUGCGACGUUACGUUCAUGGUCGACGGUAUGGGUGGAGGUGUUCGACUCAUGCAGCUUCUCGAGAAAUGUAUCUGGGACGGUCGCGAAGCAGGCGAGCCUGGGGCAGCAGUCAUCGAACAGGCCGCGUUUGUGUUGGUCAACGUAGCAACAGGCACAGAUGAACAUCGGAGAACCUUGUUGAGGACGCCGAACAUUAUGGAUGCGAUCGUGUUCUUCUGCAACCAUCCAUGGAAGGUCAUUCGUGUUGCCGCGGCUAGAUGUGUCGGCAAUCUGCUAGCAAGGUCAAAGGGCGCGGGCGCGACAAGCACGUUGGCUAUGGCUGAUACUGCAGAUGGUGGUGUUGGAAGUGGAGGAUAUCUGGAUCUGCAUACGGAGGCAAAGGCCAGGAUGGCAAGGUUUGAACUGGAUGUGAAGAUGCGAGACUUGGCUCAGAAUGAUCCUGAAUUGGAUGUCAGGGAGCGGGCAAAGUCGGCGCUGAACAAGUUGGGAAUUGAUCUCAGGUCGAUCUGA